CUCUCUCUCUCUUUCUCUCUCUCUCUCUCGCAAGGCUGGCGUGUGACAGGCAUACAAAUCCGGAAUAGAGAGGCAGAGGCAGACUCCUGGGAUUGUCUCUCGGGAUUUACAAACCCAGCGAGAGGGAGGGAGGGAGGGAGCGGUGUCGGGCGCCCGCUCCGGGGCCACGCAUCGUCGCCUUUGGUGCUCACCCCCCCCCAAGACCCCCGUGGCACCCCUUGACCGGCGCACAAAGGACCAGGACCAGGAGGAGGAGGAGGAGGACGGGGACACGCUCAGAAAUAACCAGCCCUCCUCUAUUCCUGGGAGUGGAUUUUCCAUUGAUUUCUCCCCCCUUUUAAAACAAAACAAAAAACAAAGACAACCAUUUCUCAUGUGGAUCUGAAACCCCCCAACCAGCGAGGAAUAUGAACAGGAAAACCAGGCGCUGGAUAUUCCACAUCUUUCUGAGCCUAGGGAUUGUCUAUAUCAAAAUUGGGGGCUUCUCUUCCGUGGUGGCUCUGGGAGCCAGCAUCAUCUGCAACAAGAUCCCAGGCUUGGCUCCUCGGCAGAGGGCGAUCUGUCAGAGCAGACCUGAUGCCAUCAUCGUGAUCGGAGAAGGCUCCCAAAUGGGCCUCAAUGAGUGCCAGUUCCAGUUCCGCAAUGGGCGCUGGAACUGCUCUGCCUUGGGAGAAAGGACAGUCUUUGGAAAAGAGCUGAAAGUGGGGAGCAGAGAAGCAGCAUUCACCUAUGCCAUUAUUGCUGCUGGAGUAGCACAUGCGAUCACUGCUGCCUGCACCCAGGGGAACCUGAGCGACUGUGGCUGUGACAAGGAAAAACAGGGACAGUACCACAAAGACGAAGGAUGGAAAUGGGGAGGCUGCUCUGCAGAUAUCCGGUAUGGAAUAGGAUUCGCCAAAGUGUUUGUGGAUGCAAGGGAGAUUAAACAGAACGCCAGGACGCUCAUGAACUUGCACAACAAUGAGGCGGGGCGAAAGAAAGACAUAAGAAAAGAGGAAUGUUUUGUCAAGGAGCAGACAAAAAGAGGAAGAAGUGUACUGGGAUAUGGAAGAAUGUAUUCUGAAGCAAUGUCAAUGGUCAUAGAUCUCCAGGAUUUCAGCAAAGACUUCAUUGCUCAGAUUCUUGAAGACAACAUGAAGUUGGAAUGCAAGUGCCAUGGCGUGUCAGGAUCUUGUACCACUAAAACCUGCUGGACAACUCUUCCAAAAUUUAGGGAGCUGGGCUAUAUCCUUAAGGACAAAUAUAAUGAAGCUGUUCAAGUGGAACCAGUGAGGGCGAGUCGUAAUAAGCGCCCAACAUUUCUGAAGAUAAAGAAGCCACUCUCCUACCGUAAACCUAUGGAUACAGAUUUAGUGUAUAUAGAGAAAUCGCCUAACUACUGUGAAGAGGAUCCUGUGACUGGCAGUGUUGGAACACAGGGUCGAAUGUGCAACAAAACAGCCCAACAGACCAAUGGCUGUGACCUAAUGUGUUGUGGACGAGGUUAUAAUACUCACCAAUAUUCACGAGUGUGGCAGUGCAACUGUAAAUUUCACUGGUGCUGUUAUGUUAAGUGUAAUACAUGCAGUGAACGAACAGAAGUGUACACCUGUAAAUGAAAGUGUGGCUUGGGAGGGGGAGCAAACAGCCCUGGAAUAAACACAUUUUUGUUUUGCACAUAACCUCAUUGUACUUACACAAGACUGUAGUAAAGAUCCACACUUCUUCCCAAAAGAAAAGCCAGCAAAUGGACCCCAUCUGUCCCUCUAACCUUUCAUCAUUUUUGUGGAUAUCCAUCAAAGACUUAGAGGAAUGGUCCAAAACUUACAGCAGACUCCUCAAGGAAAAAAAGGAAACAUCAUCUCAUUCAAAAUAUAAAUGGGGGAAAUGUUCUCAAAUAAUUUCGGCUUUCAAAACAUAAUUUAUUGACUGCCUUAUGUGACUGGAGGAGGGGAGUACACAUCAAGACAUUGGUCAAUGGGGUCUUUGGCACUGGAUGAAAGAGACUGAAAUACACAGGCCAUCAUGCAUAACAAGAGGGCUGGGGGAAAACAAACAAUACUUUAACACAAUCUUUGCACAGGAAAGGGUGACAAUGGCCAGUGUGAAUUUCAAUUUAAAGAGUGUGGAUUAUGCAGAUUUAGGGAUUCCUACACUUUUGCUGGUUGUUUCUUGUCUUUCCAUUUCCCCCUCAGUCAGUGUGCUACUGUGAGUAGAACUGUUGUGUUUUCCAUAUAAACACUGGUUUAUUUGCCUUUUUGUCGUGCUGCAGAUUUUAGCACAGGGAUUUGGGUUAUCUGGGCAUAAUAAUAAUAGCAAUAUUUAACAAUUUAUCCAGAUAAAGCUAAUAUUAAUUUAUUUAAUAAAAAAACAACUCUACCAACAUUUUUGGAAACCACUCUGCAAGUAAAAGUAUACCUGCUUUUUGUGGAAUAAUUUUGUAGAUAUGGAAACUGUGGAAAGGGUAAAGAAACCCAUUAGUUGUAUAUAUUGUCAUUUACUCAGAUAUUUCUACUAGUUAUAAUUGCAGGAUAUUUUUCUGCAGUAAUAGACAAGUACAAAAGCAGGCAUCUUUUUAUAUUUUUUUGGCUCUUUGCUGCUAGUUGUCUGGAAUCUCAAACUGAUAUUCAUCUCUGCAUAGUUAUCAGUACAUAAUCUCCACCUCUUUUUAAAAUAAAUAAAUAAAAGGAAUAUUAGAGAAAUCCAGCUGGGAAUAAUGCAUCAUGACAUAUAAAUGCAAAACUCCAGACAAGUUUCCCUCUUUGGAAAAAUGAACCAUAGGAUAAAAGAAUAUAUUUUCUAAGAGACUAUUUUUAUAUGAAUGUUUUAUUUAUACUAUAACUGCUUGUAUAAUUCUAUAACUUGUACUUUUUCUCAAAACAGGCACAUGGUUUGUAAUUCUUAGGCUAUUUAACAGGAAAAGGCUGAUUGCUUUGUUGAAAUGAAAGUAGCAAGUUACUGGUGGAUGUACAAAAUACAGAGUGAAUUUUCUCCCCGGAUGUAUGUACAAAGUGACUUUUUCCCCCUGCAGUUCAAUUUGCAGAAUAUGCAGAACAAGAACAGGGUAUGCAGCAUCAGUUUUGUCACAUGGCUUGAAUUCAUGGUUGGAAUUAACUGGAUGCUCCUUUAUCCCAUUCAGGAAAAAAUCUGAAUUAGCUUCCCAUAUGCGUCAGUCAUUAAACUGUGGCAUUAUGACUAGCAAAUGUGCUGUGUGUGCUGUCAGUUAAACCUCUAUAUUGUGCUACUGUCAAAUUUGAUUUUAUCACUGCAAGACUGUAGACUAUGACUGUAAAAACUAGCAUGACAUGCAGAGUUUGAUUCUCAUAGAUAAGACACAAUGCUUAUGGGUUUUGUCCAACUAGUUUUUGUCAUUUGCUUUCCUCUUUCCCUUGCCAAAAACUCUUUAGCUGAAAAGAUCAACUCAUAUUUAGACAAGCUUUCAAUAAUCCAUUUUUCCUUCCUUCUUUUGUACCAUUCAGUUUCUACACUUUGGCAUUUCCUUUCUUAUCCCUACGAAUUUAUCCUGCAAUUAUGUUCAAUUAAAUAGUUUGCUUUUGUGGAA